AAUAUGCGUGCGCUGUUUAUGUAUGAGUGUAUAUGUGCGUGCGUGUGUGUAAGAAAUUAUGUGCGGUUAUUGGCUGGUGCUGGUGGACGACAACUUCUUGAACUUUUAAAUGUGUUACAAAAUAAGCCCCAAAAAGAAAAUAGAGAAAAACAAAAUUGCCAAGGAAACAGAGAUAGAUGCAAUAAGAAGAAAUAGCAAUAAAGAAUAUGUGAUUAAAACAAAUGAAAGGAUAUUGCAUAAUUUCCCUCACUUUUGUUAGAAAUUUUGCAGAAUUUCUAUGUUAAAUGAUGAAUUCGUAGCAGUUUACUCACAGUGACAAAAUGAAGCUAAAAAGAAAUUGAUUGCAGAAAAAAAGAAAAAAUUUCACUUUGAUUUUUUUCAGUAAAGAAAGAUAAACGGCGACAGUGAUGCCAAUGUCAUUGUGUUUCUUUUGAUUUUGACGAUUUUUAUGUACAUAUGCAUAUAGGGGGAAACAGCGUUUUUCUCCUUUUUUGUUGAGAAAAGAAUUUGCUAUCCGCAAAAAUAUUCAAAACGAAGUAUCCAUGGUUUGUAUGCCAAAGAAAGAGGCUUUUUCAUUAAGAAAACACUAAGGAAUUGGAAGCGCACUUGCAAACAUUGAAAGGGGCCUUCUUUGCUACUAAAGACAAGAGAGAACAAAACUCAUUUGAGAAACUGUGGAAAGUAAACAUAAAUGGUUUCUACUUUCAUAGGACUUUUGGACAUACAAUCAUGGUGGGAGAUACCGUGCAUUUCACAUUUUUGUUCAUUGUUUAGUUCAGCAUUUGAUUUGCCAGAUAUUGAUAUUGAGGAUUUAGAAUCCGCAUUAUUAUCCGAUGGUACUACCACAGAUGAUGAACAUCAUAUUGCUUUAGUGCCUGAAUUAAUUGUACGCUUAUUAAAGGGUUGCGAUGCCUUACGUUCGGUAGCAAAAGAAAUAACCCACAGUAAUUAUCAGAUGUUCUUAAGGCGUUUCCUACGCCAACAGUGUCGUCUUCAUAAUACCGAAAAUCACUUUGAUACCGAUAUUGAUUUUCAAUCGUUGCCCGUACGCAAACGUCUCUUGAUAUUAUACGAUUUAUGCCACUUUCGUUUGGACUCUGUGGAUGUGCAAGUCAUUUUGAAUAAUUUGGAAUCGGAUAGUCUACGUGUCGAACCAUUGGGUUACGAUUCGAAAAAUUCCGGCUAUUGGUAUUUCUAUGGAACACGCUUGUAUCGCGAGGACAAGCCCGCCGGUGCAAAUAGUUUGAAAUCGAAUUCAGUGUGGCAGGUGAUUUGUUUCACCGAAGAGGAUUGGCAAAAUUUAGCAGCCAAAUUUAAAGCAUCGACAAAUGGUAAAGAGAAAGAUCUCUAUCAGAUAUUAGAUGAGAAUUUUUUGCCCAAACUACCGCAAUUGUUUAGAGAACGUGAACGUUUAAGGAGAAGAAAAUUGCUGCAGGUGCGCAACUCUAGCCGCAUACGUAAUUUGGCAGAGUUAAAGGAGCGUCAAGAGAAGGAACGCAAACAAAAAGAACGUCAACGUUUGCAAUUUGAACAGCCGCCUCCGAAAACGACCACAACUUGCUCUCAAGCCGUUAGAGCGCGCAGAUGCUCACAAUCAACAUCAACAGCCAGCGGUAUAUCAACCUAUGCCAGUUCUUUGCGUAGAACUAUAACCACGAAUUCGAGUGAUUUUUUGGGACAUCGUGAGACAUUCUGUUUAACACCCGAAGACGAGGACGACGAAGAGGAGGACGAAGACGAGGGUCGUUACUACGAGGAUGAUGAGGAGCUGGAUUACCGCUGUCAACAACAUACUCAAAUAGAUUUUGAGGGCAAACAACAGGAGGAAAAUCGUCAUCUGCCGGAGGCAAAUGCUGGACAAAUUGUGGACUAUUCAACUACGCUGACAGAUGAACACUUGAAUCUGUUGAAAAAUAUAAAAUUAGAGCCCAACGAAGAAGAACAGGAACAAGAGCAAGAAGAGGACGAGCAAGCGAAUUGUUUAUUGCCUAAGGUGGCAGCUACAUAUUCACAAAUUGCUGAAGAACAGGAAGAACACGAAGAAGAGCAUACUCAAGUCCGUCAUAACCACAAACAUUUGACGAAUCAUAACGAUAAUCAAAAAAUAGAUGAAUUUAACGAAGACGAAACAGCGGAAGAAGAGAAAAAUCAAAAAUUGAAUAAGAAAUCACAUCAUCACCACCAUCAUCAUCAUCAUCAUCACCACAAGAAGAAGAAAUCCCAAAAGAAACAAAAGAAGAAAUCAAAAGAGCAUCGUAAGAAACAAAAACAUAGCAGCAGCAGCAACAACAAUAAUAAUAACAAUAGCAACAGCGAAAAAAACUGUGAUCUGUUAGACGAGGUAGCACCAGUGGUUGGUGAUGCGAACAAGGAUUCAAAAACACCAACGCCGCCCUCACAAAAACAACACUCGGAAAAACGUUCUAAGCAUCAGCAGAAAACUUCAGCAGCUAGCGCUGCAACAGUUGCCGCCUCUUUGACGCCCUAUCAAAAACUUGACGACGAAGAGGAACCAGUAUUAAGUCCCGAAGAUAAGGAAAAUUUCUGUCGUGCCAUUGGUGUGGUGCCUACAGAAAGUCUACACUUACUUUUACAACAAAAUACACAGAACAAUAGCAACAACAAUCAUUCUACCAGCAUCCAUACUCAUAGUGAUUUGGAACAUACAGGACCAACUUCAGCACACGAAGCCAACCACAACAGCGAUACUCUUGCUAACACGGCCAUUGUUAUCAAGAAAGAAAAGGAUUCAUCGACACACCAUCAUCACAAUCACCAUCUUUAUACACACCCUCAGGAUAUGGCCCCGGCUACAAAUAUGAAACUACCCGGUCGUCAAACCAAUAACUCUCUCUCCUCAUUAACAGGCAAUAUUUUUAUACCUCCAGCACUGCAAGAUUCCUCCUCAGCAGCUGCCGCCUCAUCUUCGUCCACCAGCAAUAACCAUAAUACAGUUAAAGAUACACAAAAGGGCAAAACUUCCAGUAUGGCCAAUAAAAAGCAAAAAGCCACAGAUACAAAUACAAAUGCGGCAAGCACCGGUAAAGGUGGUCGCAAAUCAAAAGCCAAUGCAAAGGCAGCCAAUGAGUCUGCGGCUGCUAGUAGCGCUGUCGCUGCCACCGCCACCGCCGUCACUGCCAAAGAAGAACGCGAGGAAAGCACCAACACUACUGGCAAUACCACAUGUACGAAAACUUCCUCCAAUGCAAAUAUAUCAUCGCAGAGCUCGGAGAAAAGUGCCGAUGACUUUACCGAAACCGAGGAGGUCCUACAAAUUGGCAUGCACAAAGUUCUGGUCUAUGUGAAAAAUCAUCGUGAUGCCUGGCCAUUUAUGGAUCCUGUAGAGGAAGAUAUUGCACCCAGAUAUUAUUCCAUAAUAAGAAGGCCAAUGGAUCUUCUAAAAAUGGAGGACAAACUGGAUAAUGGAGAAUAUCAGAAAUUCAGUGAUUUUCGCAAUGAUUUCAAAUUGAUUGUUAAUAAUUGUCGUCUCUAUAAUGGCAACGACAAUGAAUAUACCGAAAUGGUGAAUAAAUUGCAAGAGGCCUUUGACAAAGCCACCAAAAAAUAUUUCGAUCAUCUCUCCGAUGACGAUGAGGAUGAUCCGAAUUUAGGUUAUCCCGCGGCCGAUGCCAAAAUGAAUGUGUUCCGUGAGAAAUAUUUCAAUAAGAAGGCCAAAGAUAAGGAGAACCAGGAAUUGAGCAACAAAAAGAAAUCCGGUCAUAAAUCACAGGAUCGCAAAAGUAAACACAAUCGCAAAGAUAAAUCUAAAGAUGAGGGGGCCACAAGUGACGAAGAGGUUGGGGCGGCGGCCGUAGUGGACGAGCCUGCGCCAGAAGAGCAGCAGCCCCUUGGGGAACGCGAAGAAAUCGAGGAGGAGGAAAGCGAUCAUAAGACCAGCAGCAAAAGAAAAAAGAAGGAUAAGGAUAAAAAACGCAAAAGAAAAUCAAAAUCAAACAAAAAAGGUGGCAAAACCAUGCCAUCGGAUGAUGAAAUGGAAGCCCCAGCUGAAGAAAUGGAUGUUGAUGAGGAGGAGGCAGCAGAUGAGUUGGAGGAGAGUAGAAACUCUUCGAAAAAAUCCAAGAGUUCCAAAGACUCCUCGAAGAAGGAUAAAAAAUCCAAAAAAUCCAAAUUGGGAAAAUCAAAAAAGUCUUCGAAGAAAUUAAUAAAACCUACACGCCAAAAGGAAGACGAGUAUGACUUCUCUGAGGAAGAGAAUAUGUUGGAAAUGGAAUCCGAGGAGGAAAACGAUAACGAGGAAGAUGAAAGUUUUGAAAUGAAAAGUUCAAAGCGUGGCAAAACAAAAUCAAAAGAAUCCAAGACAUCAACAAAAUCAAAUCAAAAGAAAAAGAAUUCAGGGAAAAAGAAAGACAAAAAACCCAAAACCAAAACGAAAGGCAAAUCGGCAAAGAACACAACUUCGAAAAUGUCGGCUUCUGAAGAGGAGGAUGAUUCCUCUUCAGACGAGGAUGAUCGAUUGAAUUCCGAUGUUGAACCCGAACCUGAAGAAGAACCGCCACCACCUCCCCCACCACCGCCAGCACCAUCGAAAGUGGUCAACAAAAGAAAAUCAUCUCUAAUGUCAUCUCAAGAUCUUCCUCCGCCGGCGGUGGCUGCCUUGGAGGCCUCAGCUUCGGAGUUGGAAGAGGAAAUACACGAUGACGAUGAUUCUCGCAGCAUGUCACCCUUCAAAGUUGAUCUGCACAAAAAAUACUCGAAAAGUGCCCUUAAUGACGAUCUGUCGGAGUUAUUGACCACAGUUAAGAAAGUGCAAAGCACCACCUCCACGACAGCAGCCGCAUCAAAUGUGCAAGCAAAAUAUGAUUCCGAUAGAGAUGAUUUCAAAUCGAUAUCUAGUCACAGUUCAGCGGAAUCCAGGGAACCCUCGCCGUUGCCAGCCAAAAGGAAGUCCGCUGGCAAAGCGAAUAAAACCACCAAAAAGGAGAAGGAGAACAAGCGCAAGAGAUCUAACUCAUCUUCCUCAGUUGCCAAAGACAAAAAGAAAAAGCAAUCUGAGAAGGACGCAGCAGCAGCGGCGGCCGCCGCCGAACAAGCAGAGCUGGAAAUGCUUCUGCCGUUCUUAGACAAAUAUGAACUCAUUAAGUAUCGUAGAAGUCGGGCUUUGCUAAGCCAGCAAAGUGCGGCAGCAGCGGACCCAAAACCCCCUGCCAAAUCAAGUAGUUCGCGCAAGAAGGAUGCCACCAAUAAGGCAUCCGAGCCGGAGAAGACUCCCGAUAAGCCUGAAACAACUCGUGGUAGAAAAUCUCGCGACAAUUCCAAAAAAGCCAAAAAGAACCUGGAGAAGACUUUGGAAGCCGAGGAACCACCGCCAAAAGAAGUUGCCGUUGCUACCAAUGUAACGGAGAGUAAAAAAGAAACAGAAAAACCAAAGAAGGCAGCGCAAGCGAAGGAAGAGAAAAUUGAGGAAAUUGUUAAGCAAGAAGACAUGCUACCAGCUGCAGAUGUUGUAGAGGAAGAAAAAAAGACACCAAUACGAGUUACCCCAAAUUCCGUGGUGGAUAGCAAAGAGAAAAAGGCAAUAGCGGUUGAUAAAUUGCCACCAAAAAAGAAAGAAAAACUUAAAGCAUUUGUCAAGGAGGCUACUCCUCCUCCAGAGCCGAUAGAACCAGUGGAACAAUCUGCUCCAAAACCAGUUCAAAAGACUGCUUCGGUCAUAGCAGCAGCUGCAGCAGAGGUACCAAAAAUAGAGGAAUUAAAGGUGGAGGAAAAACCUCAGCCUCCGCCUCCUCCUAAGAAGGCCUUGCAGAAGAAAGCCACCGCCAAUCAAGGUAACACCAACAAAAGAGGCGCCAAUAAAAAUAUCGCCGCAAACAAUGCUAAGGCCUUGGCAACAGCCUCUGCCAACUUGGAAGCGUUGGAUGUGGAAACAGAGCAAACUCUCAAAGACAUCAAUCGUUGGCUGGAACAUACACCAAGGUUUUCGGAAUUUUCCUCGGCAUCGAAUUCUCCAUCACGCUACAUGAUGGAUGAUUUUGAUGCGAAGCUGGACGAGCCGGCUAGCACUAAGGAUGACCUUAUGCCGGUGAAACUUCAGGAGGCAUUCGAUGAGUUAGUGGCUGAUAAUAAUUCCUCGUCUGACUCCAACCUACCAAAGAAAGACAUACUCAAUGAGUUGCUGCCUUCAUCGACAGGGGCAAGAGCCACUUCACCACCCCACUCAACCACCUCGGGCCAUUCGGUGGGCAGCACAUCAGUAAAUGCCUCCUCCAACUCUUCCUCAAUUAAUGCCCCCUCUAUAGCCUCGCUGAAUUCUGCGGCCGUAGCAAAUACACCGCUACUGAUACCACCUCCCACUACAAUAGCCCCAUCCCUGACGACUGUUACCAUGCCCAAACCGAAGGAACCUUCUACGACGCAGCUACUGUUGCAUCCUCCACCGCCACCUCACAUAAAGAAGCAAAUGGCCAAGGAAGACAAGCGAAAGUCUUUGAAAGAAAAACUACAGGCAGCUUCGAAUACUCGAAGAAAAGACAACCUGUUGAGGACCAUAGAUCGCCUGCAGCCGGGCAAAGCCAAGGGUAAUCUGAUACAAAAUGUCAAUAAACCGGACGAAUUGUUUGCCCUGGGACCUACCACCGCAAAAACGAAGGAAGUGAAAAAUUCCUUGAUAGUCGAGACGGCGGAUAAUGUGCCCAAGCUAAGUCUGGGUUCUGUGAUUAAAACGGAUGACUUUUCAAUGGGUUCCACACCGUCGUUCAUAGACGAAUUGGCUAGUAAGACGGUGAGUAAGGCAGCCCUAAGUCCUUCUUUGGCACCGGACAAGGAAAAGGAAGGAGGGGAAGAUAUACCCAAACCCAAGGAAAAUGUCUUGGAAGGCUUAUUGCCCUUCCCCAAGGUGAUUUCAUCGCUUUCUGCGGUUACAGCGGCCGCAGCGGAGCGUGAUAAUGACAAAAAUACAGAGGAUUCGAAAAAGUUGGAAAAACCCAGACCAUUUGAAGCUCUAUUGAGCACUGCUGCUUCAUCCAAGAAACCAAAGCCAGAGGGCUCGGGGACUUCGGCCACCAAUGAUGCCAAAUCGGCCAAGGAGAAACCCAAUUUGAGUGCUUGGUUGAAAGCAUUCGGUGGUCCCAAGAAGGCCAAAAAGUCAGAGGACGAAGAGAAACAACCGCAGCAGCAAGACAGCAAUGAGAGUAACUCGGAAAAAUCUCAUGAGAAAACAUCUCUAUCCUCGCUUUCGAUGACCAAUCAUCCCAACAAAAGUCCCACUUCAAACUCUUUAAUCGGGGAGACUUUCUCUUUGCCCUCGGCGCCGCGCCAGCGCAAAGCCAGCACUGGUAGUACCAUAUCGGAGAGGUCAAGCUUUAGUCAAGAUCCCGACUCGCCACGCAUCACCAUAGAAGAUCGCUAUGGAACCUACAACACUGGCAGUUACACCUCGCCCAUAGGAGCUUCACCCAUUGGAGCCUCCCCUAUAAUGGUAUCGCCUAAACCAGAUGAGAUUACGAAGCCGGCAUCACCAUAUCCCCUGAAUGGUACCAUAAAGGUAAACUUUUAUCAGGAUACAACCACCAAAAGUAGUCCUGACAAAAGUUGCAGUCCUCGCGAAAUGCCUUCGCCUUACCCGCAAUAUUCCCAACACAUUUACUCUUCAGCUUCAUCGCCAAAUGUCUCAACACCCGAGUUGAGUGGCACCUCACCCUAUGGAGGUGCCAAUAGCUACAAUCCCUCGGGUUCAGAGGCUUCAAAGACCCCGGUGUACUCGUCGACAUCACCUUUGCCCAACCUCUACGAUCAGUACAAACAGCCAAGGUCGCAGGAAUCGGAUUAUAACAGCUCCAUGAGCCCAAGUACGCCCAAUCCCCACUCGCCUUAUCAACAGCCUCAAAAUUCGCCAUAUGCGACUCCACAUGCAACACCGCAUACAACACCUCAGCCACACCAAAGUCCAUACCAUCCACCCAAUUCACCAUAUCAACAGCCGCAGCAAUCGCCCUAUCCUACGUCUAAUGCUUCAAACACAGGGAAUCAUGCCCAUAGCCCGGCCCAUACACCACCCGUGGGAUCUGCUGCCUCCAGUGUACACUCGCCUAUCAAUCAACAACAACAUAGCCCUCUGCCCAAUAUGGACUCUCCGGCUUCGUCGGCGGCUACCCAGCCACCAACACCAUUGGCCCAUUCACCGGCGGAACAACAGCAUUCGCCCUAUCAACAGCCGGUAAUGUCACCGUACCAACAACAGCCGCCAAGUGUGGGAUCUGCAACACAGCAGCCAACGCCCCAGCCACAACCUCCCACAUACAGCCAGACUUCAAUAAACACGGCUGCCUCCAGUUACCAUCCAACAGCGGUGGGUAGUUCCAUGGGUUAUGGCGCCGAGGCAAACAAAAACAUGCAGCAACAAACAUUGGACGAACAACAGAAACAGCAGCAGCUGCAACAACAACAACAAUCUCAGUCCUCAAGUAUUUAUACACCGAAAAUGGAUACAUCAACUGGAGGAUCGAGUCUUUCGCAAGCAUUGAACUCCUCCAAUUCCAAUGCCUAUGUACCUCCACCCUCGCAAGCCAAUGCUGGACAACAACUGCAGCAGACGCAUAAGGACAAUCGAGCGGAACAGGCCACAGCAGUGGAUGCUCUACGGAAUCUCUUUAGUCCCUCGUUACUAAGUAACUCUAAUUCCAAUUCUAACAGCAACAGCGGCAACACAAAUAACUUGCCUGAGACCAAUAUGUCGGAGAGUAAAGCUAAGACCACAACCCCUAGCACAGCCGAUUGGAGAGACUCCAAUAGUAAUAGUCAACAAUCAACAGGCCGGUCUGUCGCUCCACAUCAGCAAGUCAAUCAACAACAGCAACAGCAGCAACAUGGCAAUCUGGUGAAUCAAAUGAAUCAGCAACAACAUCAGCAGCAUCAACAACAACAGCAGUCUUUGAUUCCGAAACCUGCCUACCCAACCUACGCCCAAUAUCAAGCUGAAGCUGCUAACAAAAUGGCCGCUUCCGAUGAUUUGGUGGCGGGUUCAAAGGAGCUACACCAACCAAAUCUGUCAUCAAAUACGACACCAACAAAUACCAACAACAAUACGUCGGCCAAUAACAGUAAUUAUGGUCUUAACUCCAACAACAAUAUGUCGUCUUGUUCCACAACUGGUAGCACUGGGGACAUGGCUGCAUUUAUGCAGCAUAUGCAACAACAGGUGCAAGCCCACAAAACGUCCAUAACUGCUACAGCGAAUACCACACACCAACAACAACAACAGCAGCAGUCUCCUCCAUCACAGCAACAACAGCAGCAGCAGCAAAAUCCACUAAAACGGGCCGGUGAUGAUUUACUAGAGAUGGACUUCGGUGGAAGCACAGCCAGAAAACAGCAAAAAUGCGACGAGCCAAAUGCAAGACCUCAGCAAGCUGAAUCAAAUGUUCAGCAGUCGAGUCAGCAACAAACACAACAAAGUACUCUCUCCUCACUACUUUCACAGCCCAGUCAAAUGCAACAGCAACAGCACCACCAACAACAACAACAACAGCAGCAGCAAACAAACCAAUCCCAACAAUCGCAAGAUCAACAGCAACAACAACUGAGUAAAUACUCGCAAAUUUUUGAUUCGUUUUUGGGAUCCAUGGCCUUUGGUAAACACUUGGGCAGUAUUGCUCCGGAAAAAGCUUUUGCCAUGUAUAAUCAUGCGGCAUCGCUAAGCUUUCCCAAGGACUAUACCAAAGACACACAGCAACAGGGUUUGCAAAUGCAGCAAGCACCACAACCACAGCAACAGCAAUCUCAUCAACAACAGCAAGGCCAGAAAUCUAUGCAAGCGGAGCAGCAGAGUAAACAUUUGAAUUCCUCUGGUGGUCAUAUGAUGCAACAACAACCAAAUGAGCAACAAUCUAUUCAACAACAACAACAACAGCAACAAAACAUGCAGCAACAGCAACAAAACAAAGCUACGCUAGACUUGUUAAAGGCAACCUUGAAUUAUGGAAAUUCUAGUCAGGCUGCCAGUAAUCCCAAUCUAAUGCAACAAUUGGGUCAGCAACCACAGCAAAAGGCUUCGGAUGCCCUGCAACAACCUUUGAAUAUGUCCAAUACGGACAAUACAUAUAUGGCGCAUCAGCAACAACAUCACUCUAUGCAGCAGCAACAGCAGCAGCAACAUAGCCUCUAUGGGGCCAGCAAUAAAAUGGGUCAAUCCCAGCAACAGCAGCAACAUCAAAUGUCAUCACAUACAGCUUAUGGGCAACAACACCAACAGCAGCAGCAGCAGCAACAACAACAUUCCGCCAGCAGCAAUAGUGACAAGACAAGCACCACCAGUUCCAGUUCACUAUCCUCCACGGGAGCCACCAAUCACGAUUCAAAUUCAAACUCAAACUCCUCUGUUGCCUCUAGCAAUGCUCUAUUAAGUGCAAUGACGGCAAGUCAUCAUCUGUCACAUACCCAUCAUUUGUCCGCCUACAAUAAACCUACACCGCCACCACCUCCCGCACAAGCCUAUAACAAUCCUGCCUCAUCCUUGCUCCAUCCAUUGGGUGAUCCCUCGUUGAUGGGCUUAACCAGCUCGGCGGCGGUAAGCAAUUACUAUGACAAGACAAUGCCACCGGCAGCCCAUACAUAUAGCUCGGCGGCUACAGCCACCAAGGGUGUGGCGUCGGCUGCCUCACAGCUUUAUUCCAACUCUGGAGGAGCAAGUAUUUAUGGUAAUCCUCAUCAAAUGCCUACCUCCGCGUCAAAUUAUUUGCAUAAUUUGGCAGGAGCUAGUGGUGGUGGUGGUGCUGGGGCAGGAAAUGUGGCAAAUAACAGCGGAGCUGCAUCGCAACAACAGAAUCAUGUGGCCUCUGUGGAGCAUCAAAAGCCUGCCCCCGUUAAGAGAGGGCGUAAGAAGAAGGCUUCUACAAUAGCAGCAGAAAUGGCAGCGACGGCUGCCAAGCUCCAACAACAGCAAGCUGCCGCAGCUGCUCAACAACAGCAGCAGCAGGCUCAUCAACAGCAACUGCAGCAGCAGCAGCAACAACAACAACAGCAGCAACAGCAGCAGCAGCACCAAAACCAGCAGUCACAUCAUCAUCAAUCGCAACAAGCCCAACAACAACAACAGCAACAAAAUUUGCAUACCUCUCAGUACAGCAAUCCUGCCUCACAGAAUAACGCCGUCGCCGCCGCUGCUGCCACGAGCUCAGUGCCAACAGCACAUCAAUUGCAAGCCCUGCAAAGUUUUCAACUUUAUGCCGGACUCAAAUCCACGGGCGUUGGCUCCCCCCUUUCCACCUCAAAUUCAUCACAAGCCACUGUGGCCUCCCAGAACUCAUCCUCGGCUGCGGCCAAUAACAAUUCCUCUGCCUCAGCAUCGACGGCCGCCUCGGCUGCCGCAUUAGAUGCUGCUGCAAUAUCAUUAAAAACCGCUGCGGGAAUGGUUCCCGGCAGUGCUUUCAAUUUUGGCCACACACCCACUACGAUGGGUCUGUAUGGCGAUCAGACGGGCUCAAGUUAUCUGGAUCAGUUUCGUGAUGCCCCCAAUCCCUAUUAUAUGCCUCCAGCUCCCGCCCAUCGCAGUAGUGCCUCGUCAAAUGAAGCCAAUUCCUCGGCAGCGGCUAGCGUUAUGGACAAAACGCAAUCGGCUUUAAGUUCCGCAACAGCCGCUGCCAAUCCCUAUAGUUUUCUAACGCAUCCCUCAACGAGAACAGCGCCCUAUAGCUUUAUGAAUGCCGCAUCCCAGCUAGAUGCUGCCAACAGUCAACUGUAUCAACAAUAUUUGCGUCGCGACGAUUACCACACACGCAUGAUGUCCUUCCCCUCACUGCUAACAGGACCGGUGGGAGCAGCCGCUGCGGCGGCCGCCGUUGGCUAUGGUCAACCACCACCAACUGCAUAUAGGCCAUCAUUGGGCAUACCGAAACCAUACGAUGCUGGAAAUCCGCGUUCAUGGUUCUAGCAGUGCGCCCAAAAUGGGCAAACAUCAGCAACAACAGGAGGAACUUUAGACGCGGAUAAUACGGAUCAAAUGAAUCAAAUGAUGGCUUCCACGGCGGGGCCAGGUCAACAACAGCAGCAGCAGCACGUGCAACAGCAUCAAACGCAAGUGGAUGCAGGUAACACAUUCUCAUCGUAAUUGGCCAAAGAAAAAAAAGAACCAAGUGCGUCGUUGAUUGCUUUCCAAAUUAAAUUUGGUUGCUUAUGGCGCAGCUGUUGUUACGCGAUUUCAACGCUGGUCGUAGGAAUAUCUUUUUUGCUUGUAGAUAAUAACAUAAUCAUACACACCAACACAAUUCACUGAUAUUGAACCCUUGUCUUAUUGCGAUUACUUGCUUCCGAGUUGUUGUAUAUCGUGGGUUAGGCAAGAAUUGUAAUUGCUGCCUUGCGGCCCAAGGGUUUUUAAUUCACAUUCAGCUUUUGGGGAAUACAUGGUCGUUAGUCUUAACCAAAACGAAGGAUGGAAUUUCAGAAGAUUUUUAUAACAAAGUCUAUGUUACAGGUGGGGCAUAAACAUACCUCCAGAUCGAACAAAAAAUAAAAUCAGCUGAUUUUGAUAUCUUGGCUUAUGUUGUUGUUGUAACAGUGUGUUGCACACUGAGACGGCAGCCCUUGCCGAUGAAGCAAUCCAUCGGGUCAAUUUUAAAUUGUAAAAUUAAAAUAGGAUAAAAUUUAAAACAAAAAAUAUUUUGAGAAAUUUUAAAUAAAAAUAGAAAAUUAAAAUAAAAAUAUUAAAACUAAAUAUGUUUAAGAAAUAUAAUAAUUAAUAGUAUAAAUACUGAAAAUAAAUAUUUAAGAAAUUAAAAUAUUAACAACAAUUAAACUAUGAAACAAUAAAUAUUAAAAAACGUAGAAAUGUUGAACAAUUAAAAAUUAAAAAUGUCGAAAAAAUAAAAAUAUUGGAAAAUAGAAACUAACAUUUUUUUAAAUAAUUACGUUUUAAUUCUUUUUAAAUAUUUGUUUCUCUUUUAAUUUGUUUAAAUACUUUUAAAUACAAAAAUUAAAAAAAAAAUUAAAAAAAGUUUUUUUUUUUAUUUUUAGUAUGAAUUAUUUCCAAUUUGGGAUUUGUUUUUCUUCAAUUUUUUUUUAAACUUCAAUUUUCUAAAAAAAACAAAAAAAAA